CAUCAUAUUACUAUGCCUGUUAUUAAGAAAGCUAUCAUUAUCGGUGCGGGCCCGGCUGGCCUUGCUGCUGCACUCAAAUUACAUCGCGAGAACAGCAUCCAUGUUACAGUGUACGAGCUGAGACCUGAGCCAACUACGAUUGGUGGGGCCAUAGGCAUAUUUGCCAACGGCUUGCGUCUACUUCAUCGUUUGGGUCUGCACGACGCCCUCCUUGCCCGCGGCUCUUCCGUCGACAGAUUCCAUCUGCAAUCACUGCAGUACGGCAGCAUUGGCAGCACUGAUAUCUCAGCCUGGGCGGCGGAAAGGACUGGCUUUGGAUACUUGCGCAUUCUCCGGCGAGAACUACAGAGCGUGUUGUUCGACGCCGUCCAUGAGGAGCAGAUUCCGGUCCAUUUCGACAAACGACUGACCUCGAUCACGGAGGAUGCAUCCAGCGUGACGGUAACCUUCUCUGACGGCUCGACCGAGACAGCCGACAUACUGAUUGGAUGUGACGGAAUCCAUUCCAGCGUGAGACGUUUGCAUGUAGACCCGCCCUGCAAGCCCGAAUACUCCGGCAUUGCGGGUAGCGGUUCCAUUAUCUCGACGGCUGGUCUACCGGAGAAGCUUAAAACGUCGGCCAACAUAAUCCCCACCACCGCGGGGUUUAUGGCAACAUUUCCGUGUAGUGCGUCCGGGGACCAGCUUUACUGGCUGUUUUCGCGGGAGACGCCCAUUCCGUACUCUGAGUCCGGGAACGAGCGGGAUGGGUGGGAAGAGCGACGUCAACAAGAGAUGGAGAUGUUCAAGGCCACGAUCAGAGCAGUGUCGAAGCCCGCUCGAGGCGAAUGGCGAGGCAUCCUGACUGAAUUGGUGGACCGCAUGGAGUUUAUCGGGUUUUAUCCGGUCUUCCGACUCCCGCUGGGUGGGAAAUGGUAUACAUCUCGGGCAAUCCUGCUUGGGGACGCAGCGCAUGCAAUGCAGCCUCACGCAGGGCAAGGAGUGUCCAUGGCAUUGGAAGAUGUGUUCUUGCUCUCACGGGUACUGCAAGAGCAGGACUGGAGCUUGGACGAUGCGUUUGCCCGAUACGACGCAAUUCGUCGACCGCGGGUCAACGAGAUCUAUCAACUGGCAGCCAAGAAUGGGCAAGGCCGGAAAGCCAUCAACCCUUGGGCGUUGUGGCUGAAAGAAAACGUUAUGUGGGCUAGUUUGAGCCUGUAUCGUAUUCUGGGGUUAGAGUCGUGGGGCUUAGGCCAGAAACACCUCGUUUACGACGUUGAUGUGGUGGAGCUCUGAGCGAGUAGUUGCAGGAUGCAGUGGUGUGGUUUCUUAGGUAUCCAAUGAGUAAGGGUCAUGGUAUUAGCGGGAUUCGGUUUGCUUGGUAUCUCUCUUUUCAUUGGAGUCUGUAACUACCAGCGUUGAUUGUUAGUUGGCCAGUGAUUUAAGCAUAUCGUAUAAGUUGAUUAGGGAGUCAGGGAGUCCUGAGAUUUGGUAAGGGAGGAUGGCGGGAAACAUGGAAACAUCCAGCCCGCCGCCCUGUCCGGCGCCCAUUAGGUAAAUCAGUUACAGUCUGAAACUAUGAAUUGACAGGCCAGGCACCAAAUUCGGGGAUUGUGGGCCGCAAGAUGUCUGUCAAGUCAAGUCAAGAAUGUCACGGUCCGCAGUUGACCUUCAUGAACGAGGAAGGGAGGCAUGCACAGAGGUCGAGAGCAAGUAGUUUA